AUGAAGCGUUUUAUCGAUAAACUAACAAUGUUGACAGCGCCAUACCCGGAAGAACUACUCAAAAUGUAUCUGGCGGCGGCCCAUAACGCGGUAAGCGCGGUGCUCAUGGUGGAGAGAGAUGGGAAACAAACGCCCAUAUACUACAUCAGCCGAGUUCUGGCGGGACCCGAAAUGCGGUAUCCAACGCUCGAAAAGUUGCCAGAGAUUUCCGGAAGAUUGGCUAAAUGGGCGAUCGAGUUGGGAGCCCUGGAUAUUGAGUAUCGAAAGCGAACAACAAUCAAGGGGCAGGUGAUCGCUGAUUUCUUGGUCGAAAUUCCGGAUGUAGAAACUAUACAGGAUACCGCCAUUCAGGACAUCCCAGAAUCCAGCACAGCCAGGCAAACCUGGAAACUUUACACUGAUGGAUCAUCUAGCGGGAAAGGUUCCGGGGCAGGCCUAAUGCUGAUAAGCCCAGACGAAAUAAGGCUGAUGUAUGCCUUACGUUUUGAUUUUGAAUGUUCCAACAAUGAAGCAGAAUACGAGGCACUACUCGUAGGCUUGAGGAUGGCCCAAUCUAUGGGAGCUACACGAGUUGAUGCGUAUGUUGACUCUUUACUGGUUAAUAAUCAAGUAAACGAAACUUACGAAGCCAAGGACGCAUCAAUGGCGAAGUAUUUGGCUAAAACGAAGGAGCUCAUUGCUUCCUUUGACAAUGUCACACUUAAUCACGUCCACAGAGUAAAAAACCAAAUAGCAGACGCCUUGAGCAAACUUGCUACUUCGGGUAUGGAAAGAGAAGUAAAGGUAGAAACUUUGCAAAUGCUUUCCAUUGAACCCCCGGAAGUCUACGCUGUCACGGCGGAAGAACCCUGUUGGUACACUCCCAUACUAAAGCUCCUUGCAAAAGGGGAAUUACCCUCCGCCAGAGGCGAAGCUCAAAAGAUACAAACUAAAGCAUUACAGUAUGAAGUAAACAAUGGUGUCCUGUACCGGGAGUCAUAUUUGGGACCACUACUGCGGUGUGUAUACCAGGCGGAAGCAAAAUACCUAAUCCAAGAAAUACACGCUGGCAUAAGUGGCAUUCAUGCCGGGCCCCGGGCAGUGGUUGCCAAAAUUCACAACGUCGGGUACUAUUGGCCCGAGAUGCACGAGGACGCGGUAGAAGAGCUCAGAAGGUGCCGCAGUUGCCAAAAGUUUGCUCCCCAAACACUCCGUCCCAAGAACAACCUAAUCCCAGUUACAGCGGCCUGGCCCUUCCAGAAAUGGGCGGUGGACAUCGUGGGGCCAUUCCCGCUGGCCCCCGGGAAGCUAAAAUACCUUAUUGUAGCAAUUGACUAUUUCACCAAGUGGGUUGAAGCGAAACCCUUGGCCAAAAUAACCGCGGAAAACGCCAAGAAGUUCCUCUGGGAACACAUAGUGUGCCGGUUUGGGUUGCCGCUAUAUUUGGUAAGCGAUAAUGGAACGCAAUUCACCGAUAGGGUCUUGCAAGACUGGUGUGCAUAA